AUGGCUGAGCUCACGACAGAUCAGGUCAGAUCCUUGGAUCAAACGCGUCAAAGACUCUUAGCUCUCCAUAAGUCCCUGGUCGCUCUGGGAUCGGAGCUCGUGACUCAAAACCAACUUCCCGCCUGGCCAGCCCUCCAACUACAUGCAAACCUCGUCUCUAACAACCUACAGACCAUUGUCUCUCAACUAGCGGAGAAUCGGGACACAUAUCAGUCUACCGUUGCCUUUCCCACACCCAAAUUUCCAGGGGCUCAACGAGCCUUCAUUCUCGAGACCCUCCUUCGAACAAAGCUAGAACCCAAUGUGGAAGAGUGGGUGGAAGAGGGGGAGAACAUCAAUGCACAACAGCACAAAGCCACGUUUCGAGGGCUGUCGGACAAUGACCGCAACGGUCUGUGGCAAUGGGCACCUGGAGCGGCCAAUGCUGCAGCUCGGAAACAGAAAUGGGGUGCCGACUUCACUUUGGACGAGAAGCAGAAAGGCGUAGAGAAGGUAUCCACGGGGCUACGCAGGGAACUGGUCGAACCUGCUGAUGACGAGGGCGAUGAUGGGCCUGAAGAAGAGGAAGAAUACGAGGUCAGCGAUGAGGAGGGCGAGGACGAGGAUGCAGACAAGAUGGACGUCGAACAACAAGCACCAAAGGUUGAGGCCAACACAGCGUCCACAGAAACGAGAUCUGCUUUGCCAACCGCCAGUCAGCUGAGUUUGGAAGCGUUGCACAAAUUCAUGACCACUGGACGGUGA